AGAUAGCGGUAGAGUCUCUGCGCACGCGCCACGACAAGCAAAGAAGCCCCGUCUCCAGGAUACAGAGGGAAGCUUUCGAGUGCAUCACGCAAGACACUUGUGGUGAAAAGCUACAUCCAUAACCACAUCCGCCCUGAGGAAAAGGUGGCCACAGAUGCGUGCCAAAAGCCUCUCUGACCACACAUUUCUCUACCAGUAAAGGCGACAUUGAAGGCAGGGUUGUUAAAGCAACUUUCCCAAGGACACAAAGGAAGAGUGACUUAGAUAGAUGGAAAGAGCGAGGUUUGAAUGGCCAAUGCUCCAGUUACUGGAUGACCUGCUCUACCUCCUGAGCCAAGUGUACAGUGAUGCAACAAGUGCAGCGUCUUCACCUGAACCAUGUCCUGCAAACCGUGUGCGCGCUGGAAGCCGUCGUCCUACGCAGCUUCGGCCCUGAGGGAGGACAGGUGCUCUUCACCCGAGACACUGGACAAGCAAUGUUGAGCCGCAGCGGCACACGUAUUCUCACAGCACUUCGACUGGAGCACCCACUAGCUAGGGCGGUGGUGGAGUGUAUACGCAAACACAGCGGGAAAACGGGGGAUGGUUCAAAAUCCUUUAUGCUUCUGGUGGCAUCAUUAUUACGAGCCAUACAUAUCGCAGCCUCUAAAGAGCCAAAUGUAUCACACAAUUAUAAGUCUAGAGCAGCAGCAGAGUCUGCCACUGCAACACGCUUGGCUGACCAAAUGCUGGGAUUCGCAUUGGAGAAACUGGAGGAUCUCAUCACUGUUGUAGUGGCCCCUCAUGGAUUCUGUCUUUUGGCCAAUGAUUUAUCUGCCAACGCUCUGACCGACUGUGACAACGUUCAAAAGUUGCUCGUAUCUUUUUUCCGUACGCGCUUGGGUUGUAGCCACUGUGACCUAAUGGGUGAACUCAUUCGCAAACUGCUCACCAACUGGAGAUGUUUGACUUUUUUAUCAUUAGAGUUUCUGAACGACAACUUCCCUGCAUUGCAUACGGCUGUGUUAGGCUUUCCUGUCAGUUGUUCUCGCUUGGUUGAGGGACAAGUCAUCCACAGGGACUUUGCAACACCCCACAGUAACAUUUCCCAUAUUCCGGUUAAAGCGGUUAUUUUUACCAUACCCCUGCAACCAAAGUUGGUGUACACAGAAGAUGUGCUGGAGCUCGGGAAACAAACGAUGGAGGAUCAUGACAGGAGUAUUUUGUGCUUUAGCUCCUGGGCUGAAAGCUCACUGGAGUGUAUGUUUGCAAACCUUCAGACUUUUGGAGUGUCUGUUCUUCUGUCUUCAGUGAAACAGUCUGACGCAGUCCUGGCUUUAGCUACACAAGCAGAGAUGUGUGUCGUGGAGUGUAUCAGUGAAGAUGAACUGGCUCUCUUUAUACACCUGAGUGGGACCACACCUGUCUCAGACUGCCAGGGGAUUCAGCCUGAGCACGUUGCUUCUUUAACAUUUUGCCGACCAAUACUUCUAGGAGCACAUAGGUAUGUUCAUGUGGCUUUCCCGGAGUCUAAUGACAAGAUGGUCCAACCAAGUAGCGUUGUGAUUUGCGGCCUGGCAGUAGGGCAAACAGAUCAAUACGCAGGUGCAAUUCAGGAUGUUAUCCGCAUGCUGUGUACAACGUGGGAGCCUUUGGAUGCAGCUACAAGAAUAUCUGUGCAACCGGGACCAUCUCCAUCCUCUGUUUUGUCAGGCUGCGUCAUACCUACUGGAGGAACUUUUGAGUUUCUCUUACAUCACGCCCUCUUACAACAUGGCCGAACCCACACCCUUUCUAAUCCCACUGAUACGGGUGUCCCCAUUGUAUGCCAGAUUUUGGCAGAGGCUUUAUUGUGUCUUCCUCGUCAUAUUUACUCGGACAAUCCAAGACGUUUCCUGCUGGUUCAUACACAAGUCUUAAAGAAAUUGGAGGAUUCCCACCUGGAGGGACUUUUUUGCAAGCCAGAGUUUGGCAAAGUACAAGAAGAGCCAAGUAUGUAUUCUUCAUCGUCAAUCAAUUUUAAAACGUUAUCCGGUCUUGAAUCUGUCUCCUGUAAAUACUAUCUAAUUAUGGCUGUACUGCAGUGUGUCCAAAGUCUUCUCCGAGUGGACACUGUGCUGCAUGUACGUUCUCACUUAAAUCCCAAACCAUCCAAACCCACGUAUUCCUCAGACGAUGAAGACUAAGGACUGGAAAGUGUUUACUCAGGUAACAAUUUGAAUAUUUUGCACUUUAUACAGUUAACCAUUUUAUCUUUGGGGACAACAUGCCUUAAAAAGUAGAGCGGCCAUCCAGAAACUUGAGUGUUCCUGGAUAGAAUUCAGCAUUUGCCAUUUUAGUCACUAUUCUUUCUGUCCUUGGCAAGACACUUCACCCACCUUGCUCCCAGUGUGGUGUAAAUGUAGCUAUAAUGGGUUUCUCAAUGUAAAGCACUUGAGCCAGUAGAAAAAAGCGCUAUAUAAAUAUAACAACCUUCACUUCACAUUACAUCUUUGUUCAUCACAGAGUACAUUUAUUUAAAUGGCUUUUAUAGAUUUUCUCCUAGUAGUAGCAAAACAGCAGAGAAUUGCAGGCGUCCAUUAGUGGUAACAUGUUUUAAUGUGUUUUUUCUCCAUAAAUUAUGACACUACUAAAUAUUAACAAUAUAGUAGCUAAUGUGUGACAAACACAUGUAUAUCAGGGGUUCUUAGCCUUUUUGACAUCAGAGGGUGCACAGGGCCCACUCAAAUAUUAACACUAAAUUAGUAAUCUUACUCUUGAUUUUAAGCAUAUUAAAUAAUUAUAUCUAACCUUACGGUUUACAACCUUGUCAGGUGAAAUGAAACCAUGUGUUAAUCACAAGGAUGAUUAUUCAUUUAACACAUAAACCUUAGGCUUAGUUAAGGCUGAUUUGCAAAAUAAGUACAAACCAAUUACACUGCCUAAGAAAUUCCCCAUUAAAAAAUGACAAUAAAUACAUUUACAUACAAUUAUGUUGUGCUAAAAUAAAUAAACUGAAUUAAUAAUAUGUUUUGCGACUAAACCGUCAAUAAAAUUUAAGUGCAAAUGAAAAUACAUUUUCACCACUGUAGUCAUUAUGUUUGUACUGAAGAAACUUCUCUGACUUUAGCUCCGGGCUUCUUCUGUUUGAAAUUGUCAUUACUGCCACAAGUGGUGGAAAAGUGUAUUACAGCUGAGUAUUGCUGCAGCCCAUACCGAACACAGCUGAGAAACGGAUAUACCCAACAAUCUUAAAACAGAGCCCAGUGGUUAAGAAACACUGAUGUAGUGUUUAACUUACUAUGUGUCAAAGACUGUCCAUUUUUAAAAAUAAUUUUGGGAAUAAAUCCACUCUGUAAGCCAGGGGUGCCCAUUACGUCGAUCGCGAUCGACUGGUCGAUAUCGGAGGGUGUGUCAGUCGAUCUCAAGCCAGGUAUUAAAAAAUAUACAUAAAAAUGAGCAAUCAUCAAUCAUACCAAGACUUCACUUUCGUCAGUUGUUGGACAUUCUCGGCACCCGAGGAUCUUGUGAGAUGACGCUGGCUGCUGCAAGCUCAUAUUUAAGAAAAAAAUCACUAACAGGGCGGACGCAGAGAAACAUUUUAUUUCUAGAGACUCCGUACCUACUGUCAAAACUCUAAAGACCGACUGCACAGUUCCUGUCUUCACCAUAAAAGACCUGUUUCAUCCUGCCUGUGCUAACAAAAUAAGAGUCUCAGAAAGCUAGCGUGCACAAGCUAGCAAGCUACGGACUUUGAUGCCAAUGUAUUUCUCCCCCGCCCUCAGCGACCGCUUUCUCACUUGCUUGCCCACCCGCACUCUCACUGACGUCACUCACCUGCUGCCAGACAUUAAAGGGCCACACACAUAUGCUACUCUCAUAACAAAGUGUUUAAAAACGAGUAUGCAAGUUGGACAAAUGAGAUGCCAAAUCCAACCACUUUCAUGUGGUAUUGGACAGAAAGGAGGACUUUCUUUUUUCCUCCAUUUGAAAAUGCGGACGUUAUCAGCACUACUGUCUAAUUCCAAUCAAUGCAAGUCAUCAGAAUCAAAUACACCAACUUAUAUUCUUGUCUUCAUGAAAGAAAGGAAUCUAUGUGUGUUAAACAUGCUUGUAUUAUCAUUAAACACCAUUAACUUGUAAACAAAAAUGUCUCUUUCAUAAAUAAAUAUAAAUUAUAAAUAGGAAUGAGGUAGAUCUCCUCGACUUGGUCAAUUGAAAAGUAGCUCACCUGCAGAAAAAGUGAGGGCCCCUGCUCUAAGCAUUCUAGCCAACUUCUCACUUGACAUUUUCCUGAGGCGUCUUCUUGUCAGCUGACAUCAGAUCAUUCUGUUUUGGGUUAUUUUCCAGUUCUAUUUUCAUCAGUGUUUUUUCUCGGAAAUGCAGCGAGCAACAUUUAGCGCUACUGUCUCUUUAAUGCCAUGUUAUGUAGGAGGGAGGUAGAGCCUCAAUAGUGUUGUUAUUGUAUUAGUUUUUUGGGGGCAGUUUUACCAGAACUAGACUUGUGUUUGUGAAAGGAAAAGCAAAAAGCAUUUCUGAAGACUCUUCUGACGGACUAUUAUUCUUUUACAGUAAUUCCUCGUUUAUGGCUGUUUGGGGCCUGACCGUCGUCGUAAAUGAAUACAGCAAAGUAGGAAUUAUUUCUUAUAAAUCAAUUUUUUUUUUAUAGCCACAAAAUAAAACCUUUCUACAACCUUCGAAAUUUUUUUACAUUAUGCGAUCCCUCAAGACAUGAAAAAACACCCAUGUACUUUAUGCUCAUUUAUUUCAAUAUAGUAAUGCUGUUUAAAGCUAAGCCAAUCAGUGCCUACAACACUGUAUAUUAUGCUCUGAUUGGUUUGAUAUUUUUAGUUAAUUUAACAAUUUUAAUACUUUGAAAAUGCUUAAAUUUAUCAUGAUCCAUAAAAUGUUUGAACUAUGUUAUUUGCCUGUGCUUAGAAUCAGUUGUUUUUGUCAGUUUUUCGGUUUGGUCUCUGUUUUGAAGCAUCUUCACUCUCUGCACACCUUUUCAUUUUUUUUGUCCUAUUUAGAUAUACCUAGUUUCCCUCUUUCAGUGCUGGAUCAUUGUACUUCAUAGUUUGUUUCGUGUGCUUGUGUUCUGUUUAAUUCUGUUCCUGCAUAGCUUUCCCUAUGCUUCCAGUGCACUUCCCAGCUGCUCCAUAUCUUUUGCUUGAAUAUACUUUUACCUGAAUAUCGUCUGCUGUCUUUUUUUUUUAAAUAUAUUUGUAUACUGGGUAGUUAUACAUGCUGUGUUGACCUUUCAAAGGAAAAUUAUAUUCAAAUGUCAAGCAACUCAUUAAUCUACUGUACAGAAUGUGAACUUCCUUUUGUUUUGGUAGUGUUUAUUUUGGCCCGUCUUCUCUCUAAAGUUCUCAUUAUGUCUUGUGGUUUUUUCAACACUUCUCUUCCUUAUCUCAUUUUUCUUGCCUCUUUUCUCCGUAACCGGCACAAAACAAAUAGAGAACAACACAUUGUCAUUAAUUUAAGCAUUCCUCUUUAUAAUCAGCGUUAUCUGUAGUGAGAGUCUGAGGGCAAAGGCCAGAAAGAGAAGUGGGCCAGGACCCGGCUGUCAACAACCAAAUCACUGCAUGCUUCCCCUUUGCUUAAUCAGACACACACUAGAUCCAGUCAUCACAGGGAGUUUUUUUUUAUCAAGUCGCGUCAUCAACAAGUACAAAAACGGCCCAUAGCUGCGUCUUGUGCUUUAAAUCAAACAUGAGUUACACACAUACGGUCCACCCAUAAAACAAAUAUGGCGCCGCCUCCAAGAUCGUUCCUCAUGAAAUGUAAUGCAGUACUCGGAACAAGUCAGAUCAGAACAACAACUAAAUCCAUUUUGAUUUAUUUGGCUCUAGAAAUGGUGUGUGUGUGUGUGUGUGUGUGUGUGUGUGUGUGCACACGUGCGUGAGUGUAUUGUAUAAAUGAACCAAAGAUGUGUAAAAUGAUGUUUGAAAAUACUUAAAAUCACAUCCAAAUGUAAUGUGUAAUACAUCCAAGAACAGUGUAAUACAUAUAUAUAUAUGUAUAUAUAUAUAUAUUUGACAGGAAAAACAAUAAUAACAAGUGAAAAAACAUGAAGGCAUUUAAAAAAAGUUGACCGCAUGUCAGAAAUGAGCUGGGAUGCCUCUUAUUAAAUUCUACAUUACAAAAAUAUUACCAAUUUAGUGUUCCAUUGGCUAAAAAUCAAUUCAAUCAUGUAUUUGGCUUUUUUUGAAGAGGUGUUUUUUUGGCUGUGGUACUUAACUCCUCUUGCCAAUAGGGUGGCCCAACAUGAACAACAGCAUGUGAUCAAUACACAACAAGAUGAUCUUUUGUAAAGAUCAUUUGCAUUACGCAAGCACUAGAUUCAUUCAAAUGACCUUUAAAGGGGGAAUGCACUUUUUUUGUGGAAUUUUGCCUAUCAUUCAAAAUCCUUAUGUAAGACAAUAACACAGGUUUUUCUUUUUUAUGCAUUUUGAGUCCCAAAAUCCUGCCAGUACAAUGUGGCUAACAAUGGAGCUAAUGGAGGAACACUUUUUUAACCAUAAA